UUUAGAGAAACUAUGUAACAAAUGUGCUUGUUGGCGCGCUUAACGGUUAUAAACGUUUGGAAAAUUUCAUUUUUUGUGCUUAUUUAAAUGAAAAUUUAAUUAAAAGAAGUGAUAAAUAGUGAUAAAUAAACAAUGGAGUUUCCCCUCGGCUACAGGGAAGUCAUUCCAGACCAAACUGUACCCGAGAAGUGGAAGGAGAUCACCCUCAAUACCGGUGGAAGCCAAAGUACACUACAGGAUAUUAAAGUACCAGAGAGAGCGGGUGGUUAUUCGUAUAAAGAUUGCUCGAAAUAUUUCACAAGGAAUCGUUUUAUUUAUUGGAGAAUAUGUCACGAUAUUCUUGAAUUAGUUGAACAUAGUUUGGACGUUAAUUUAGCGAAUUGUCGAGUACGUUAUAAAUUCACUGAUACGCCAAUUUUAGAUGGAAUUACAAUUCAUGAAACUGCAAAUUCAGUUGUUAUUUUAAUUGCCACGGUUUCUAGUAUUCAUAAAUUGAGUUUUCCACAUCCUGACAAAAUUCACAGACAGGAACCUUUACUUGGUUCACAUCCAGAUCUUAGUAUUCAGUCAAUUUUCAGCGAAGCAAGGGAUCCUCAUACAUUCCACGUUAUACCAACCGCUGGAACUACAAAUUCUCCGGUUCCACAUGCGGCGGCAUCAUGGCUAAUGCUACCACAGGAGGAAGCACUUUAUGCAUUGGCUUACAGUUCGGGUACAAUAUUAAUAUUACGCUUAGAUAUAUGGACGGGUCUUGUUCACAGCAGCGAAUUAAAACAAGAUUCAAUAGUACCACGUUUUUUGAGUGGAAUUGCAACGGCUUUUCGUGGACGAAGUACCGAGGGUCAGGUACCAAUGGCACUUGAAAUUCACACAUGUGGCAAUGAUACGUAUUUAUUUGCUUUAUGCCGCGAGGGAAAUGUUCGCAUGUGGUCAACAAAUAAAGCACAAUGUAUCGCCGUCACUGAUGUUGCUAUUGAUAAUAAAAUUGCUUCACAAGGUGCACAGGGUCAUGUUCUAAGAAAAGCUGUUAGCUCCGAAAAUGAACUCUAUCUUGGAACGUAUCUAAAAUUUCGAAAUGGUUGCGAAUUCAGUAUUUUGAAACCAAUUCAAGACGCUGGGGUUUUUAAAUUUAUACGUGUUUGCACACUAUUUGCACCCGAUCAACACUUGGUGGAUUUUUCGUUCACGGCAACGAGACUUUGGGCCGUUUGGAGAACAACGGACAAUGAUACAGUUGCGGUGACACAUGCACAAUUGCCAUUGAACGGUGCGCAAAUUAGUUCCGAAUGGGAAACGGCGAUUCUUGAACAACCACCGGAUAGGGAUUAUAUUGUCAGUGAUCCGGGUACGGAUCCACGGCAAGCUUAUGUUAAUUUUAUCUUUCAUCCGGGACAAUUUUCACUAGCCGAUAUAACAAGAGCGCUUAGCAUUUAUCGACGAUCGAAUUUAAUUGCUGAUAUAAGUUUAUCGCCGGCCGUAUUAAAAGAACGUGUUUGUAUGGCAGUUGAAGCUGAUAUACAAGCUGAAGUUAUGGAUUAUGAAUUAAUGGAUGAGGAUUAUUUGGAAAUAGCAAAUCGUUGUUGGUCGAAAUUUUAUUCGUGUGUGGUGCAAUAUCAUGUGAAUGGUUCACGACCCGUUGGAUUAUUAUUGUUACAAAAUGUUUAUGGUGUUGCACUAUUGAAAAAAUCAUCUUUCUCACUUUUACGACCAAUGGAGGCAUUGGAGCAUUUAAUGUUGUCAAAUGAAAGAAGUUAUGUAUCGCGUUUUAAAACAACGCCUGUACUCUCUCAGGAUGAUAAUAUUUGUCAGGAUUUGAUAAUGUUGAUGUCGUCACUUGUUAUGUUGGAGGAUCAGAUAUCCGAGGAAUUGAAGGCGAAUAUUGAGAGGGAAUUGUAUAAUCUUAAAAGUCCGGAUAUUAUUAUUGAGGAUAUGCUUUCGAAAUUGAUAUUAGAAACUGACGAUCCGCUAUUGGACUAUGAUUUUCAAACGGAAUUAAAUCAAAGAUUAAAGAAUGUAAAGGACGUUUCGAAAGCAAUGGCGAUGCUAUUGGAGGCAUUGACUUAUGAUUUGGGACAACCGAAUAAAUUGGAUCUUCUUGAUAAUCAGGAAGCGUCGCGUGCAUUAAUGCAUGUGAGUCAUUUAUUUGGCAGUCAAUUGGGAAUAUCAACAAUAGCUGAGAGUGUGUCGCAAAUUACUCUCUUGAGAUUUUCAAUUUGUCGCGAUUUGUUGAUCCUUCAGCAGAUUAUUUUGACGAGACCGGAAUUAUUUAAUUCUUCAUCGUUACAAGCAAUAAGAUCGUCAUUGGCGCCAAGAACUGUUAAACUUACACAAGCUUAUUUUGUUGUCAUUUGGAUAUGUGGAUCUAAUGCUACUUCCAAUCUUUCACCAGCCUUAUUAGAAACGAGUAUGCAGAGACUCUCAUUAUUGAAAUUAACGGAUUCAAAAGUGAGUGUAAUGCAACGACAGCAAAGAUCACUGUCUUUAUUGGAACUUUUUAUUCAAAGUGGAGGUGCGAAGCACGCACAGAAAUUAUUGGCAAAUACAUUACCGGAACAAUCGGCUUUAAUUUUAUGGCACUAUGGAAUGCUCACGCAUGCAACACUCAUUGCACAACUUGUUUGGCCAAGAUCGGGAAAUUUCGUCUUCCCCGAAUGGUUAUUGUCGAGCUGUCAAUUUCUUCUUGUUCAAGAAUACGUUCGUCUUUUGAGUACAUGGUGCGAAUGGAAUAUUGUAUCAAGAAAAUUUAUUCUUGCCGUGUCACUUUUAGAAAUGGGUGAACCACAAAAGGCAUGCGAUCAAUUUUUUCGUUCGUCUAAUGGCGUUUUAACUGAUCGUUUUAUUGCCGAAACAUUUCUUGAGCCAAAUCCAAUAUCGGAAAAUAAUGCACUCGUCAAUUAUUAUCUAAAAGUAAUUGAACUCUUUGAUCAACAUAAUGCAUCAGAUUGUGUUAUUGAACUGGCUGAAACUGCAAUUGCAAUUGCCGAUAAAGAUGAUCCAAAUUUACCAACAUUACAUUCCAUUGUUUUUGCACAACAUCUUAAUUUGGGACAUCAUGUGGAAGCUUAUCAUUGUUUAAAUUUAAAUCCCGAUUCAGCGAGACGUGUCGAUUGUUUACGGCAACUUGUUGUUACACUGUUUGAAAGAAAGAAACUUGUUGAUCUUAUUUUAUUUCCUUAUGUUGAAAUGUAUGAGGAUUUGGAAAGAAUUGUUGAGGGUAGAGCAAGAAGUGUUGAUUUAAUGGAGAAUAAUUAUUAUAAUUUCUUAUAUAGUUUUCAUGUUAAUAAGGGAAAUUUCAGAAAAGCUGCAUCUGUAAUGUAUGAGCAAGCAAUACGUUUGGGACAAGAAUCACAUUCGGCGCCAAUUAUUUCUAAACAAGCACAAUGCCUAUUGGCUUGUAUUAAUUGUUUAUGUUUGGCUAAUGAAAAAUACCGUUGGAUUGUACGACCAGUUAUUGAUCAAACUUUUUAUGAAGAAAAAAAUCCAAAGUCAAAACGAAGCAUUGAUGGAAAAGAAAUACUUCAUUAUAAAGUGAAAAGACAAGUUGAAGUUGUCGAAUUAAAGGAUAUUAAAAAAGAAUAUUAUAUCGUUGAUGCAAGAUUAAAAUUAUCGAAACUCAAUUCUGAAUUACUUGUUGUCGCACAAGUUGGACCUGAAGAACUGAUAGCUAUUUUAUCCAGUGUUGGAUUAUACGUGACGGCAUUGCAUUUGUGUGAACAAUUUGGUAUUGGAAAAAGUUCUGUACUUGAAAGUUUAGCAUCACAAUGCGUUAGAUUGAGUCAACAGGAUGAUCCAAAAGCUUGGGAUUGGCUCAUUCUAAACGAUGUUUUUGAUAUUACAUUAUCUGCUUCCAAUGUGGCGAAUAUUGUUUGGAAAUUAUUGGAACAUUUAACAUUAACACACGAGAAGGAAAAUCAAAGUGAAUUACAUAAAGGUGUUGCUAGAAAACUUCUUCAUCAUGGAGCAUUUAUUCCAGCUUGGCUUAUGUCUUCUUACAAGAAACGAAAUGCCGCUGAGCUAUUACGUCUUUUAUUAAACAUGGGACGAAUUCUCGAAGCAAGUGAACUCGCCAUCGAUUAUAUUCGAGCAAUUUUGGGCAAGGGAAUGGAACAUUUUGAUUUUGAAUCACCCCUCGUGGCCACUAAACCGCCUGUUUGGUUACCGCUAAAUACUGUGGAACUCUUGUUAUUGGAAUUAGAACAUGCGAGCAAUGAAGAUACAAGCUAUAUCGAGGCUUAUGAUGAUUUGAAGGAUACUUUGGAAGAUUAUAUCGAGACUGUAAAACGUGUAUCACUUGAUAUGAUACAAUACAGAACACUUUCCUAACAAAUUGAAUUUAUUCCCAACAUCUUAUUGAUUUUCACUAUAAAUAAAAGAAACAAGUCUUCAACAAAGAAUGAACUAUUUUUCCGUGGAAAUUUCUUGUAAAUAUUUUUUUUUUUGUGUUUAAUUUCUUCACAAUACUUAAUACUUUUUUCUUGAAUGUUCAUAUAUUAAUUUAUACAUAAUUUUACUUUUAAUACAGUUAACAAUAAUUUCAAGUGUCAAAAAAUGUGUGCCAAUAAUUUGACUACAAAAAAAUUAAAAAUAUUUUGUUAGUAUUUUUAUAAGCAAUAUAAUUGUUCAAGAAUUAAUUGAAUUUGUCAACUUUAUGUUAAGUUGGUCUUUAUUUUUAAUAAUUUGUUAAUUUGACUUAAUUUUUUCAUUUGAAUAUUGUUGUCAUCAUUUGAUGAUAUAGUUAGAAAUAAGCAGCGUAAAUUGACAAAAGUCAUUUUUUUUGUAAAGGAACCGUACUUUGGUAACUAUAAAUAAAAGUAAAACUUUUGUAAUUUAACAUUAA